AUGUUUAGUGAUGGACAGUUUAAGGCCAUAUCGGACCUGUGCGGCUCUAUUUCUUCUAAUGUUGACUUCCAGUCUAAGUUUGAACCAGCAGAUUCUAGCAGCCUUGUUGCCGUAUACAACAAAAAGAUCUUUGAACUUAUUUGCAAGCGUUACUAUCACCGAGUUACCCCCGUAUUUUGUGAGAUGCUCGAGUCUCGCGUCUUUCCCGACAAGGAAACAUUUACGCACAUGAUCUCUUUCUAUACCAAAAUGAAGGCAUUUAGUCAAGUCAAGGGAAUAUUGGAGAUGAUGAGUGAACUAAAAAUACCUAGACCUAUUACCGCUAUCAAUGACUUGCUGCGUGCAUAUGCAGAAGAAGGUAUGCUUAAAGAAGCGGUCAUGGAGUGGAAUUACAUGCUAGACAAUCGCAUUGAACCGUCCAUAGAAACGCUAGAACAUUUCAUCAAAGCCCAUGGCGUUUCGGGGGACAUUUUUGGUGCUCUAAAGCUUUUUUCAAAACUAUUUCGAGAAUUUCGCCUUGAGCCCAGUUCAGACACGCAUGCCAUGAUUCUAGAGCUACUGUUGCUGUCCGGAAAGACAGACUUGGUGAUUUGUAGAUUCGAAGCUAUGAAACGAGGUGAGCUGCCUGCUCCAGGCACUCGGGCACUUAAUGUAAUUCUAGAUUUACACAGACGUCAAAAUGACAUAAAAUCUAUGGAAAAAACUUUCGAAAGUAUCCGUGCAGACUUCGGACUCCGUCCAACGGAUAAGAGCUACGAAUGCUUGAUUUUGGCAUAUUGUGAAUCUCGCAAAUAUUCUAAAAUUCUGUCUAUUUUCAAAGAAAUGGCAGUUGAAAAAAUAGUUCCCAAUUCAAACUCCAUUUCGACCGCGCUUCAUACAUUCACCCAGUCCAAAGACGUGCAUUCUGCGGAAAACAUCCUUUUUUUGUCGUUGCAAGCUGGGGCCAUACCCGACUACCAGCACUUUGUCACUUUAGUUUUCUUGCUUUGUAAAAUUGAAAACAAUCCAGAACGCGCCCUUGCAUAUUGCUUGAAGUUCAAAAAGGAUUAUCAAUUGACACCAAAUCAAGAAAUUUAUGUGCAUCUGAUUUUUUGCUACGGGAAAAAUCAAGAGUUGGCUAAAGUUCUUCGCCUAUACCGAAAAAUGAUUUUAGAAGAUAAGCUGUCCCCUACACCUCUCACAUUCGUCGCUUUAUUGAUCGCGUACAUUAAUUCCUCUAAAUUCUUGGAGGCUGCUAACCUCCUUGAAAAUCCUGGUUUUUAUGGAAUUGACAACGCCAAUCGCCACUUGUUUGCAGAAAUCUCAACGUUAUUCAGAACUAAAAAUCAACAGGCGAUACACAUGCUGCAGCAGUUUGAUUGGACGAAGUUGAAGGGACCAGGAAUGCAAAAAGAACUUGAAAAAAUUAAUCAAUUGUUGCGUCCUUCAACUUAA